AUGGGAAACGGAUGCUGCCAUCGUUCUGCAGUUCGCAUACAAGUAGGCGAGCCUAGAGAAGAAAAGCCAAAUAUUGUUCGUUUAAAUCUCCCAACACAGCUUGAGCAAGCUCGCCAGCGCAAAAGCGUCCUUUACCAAGGCGAAGCUUCCGAAAAUACCUUUACAGAUCUCUCCACUCCUCGUACUGGUAAAAUCAUUAGAUGAAAGCGUGGGGAACUAAUUGGUGAAGGAGCCUAUGCAAAAGUCUACCAAUGUAUGAAUAUUGAAACAGGAGAACUUUUAGCCGUCAAACAUUUUAGAGUAAUUUUUACAUAUAUCUUUAUAAAUAAAUAUUUAAAUAUUUUUUAUUUUUUAUUAAAAAUUUUAUUUGUUAUUAAUUUUAGUAUAGCUAAGCGAUGACCCCAAAAAAAUUGAACGAGAAUUCAUAAACUUAAAAAAUGAGAUUACUUUAUUAACUCCCCCAAACAAUUAAAAAUGAACUAAACAUUGAUAUAAUUCCAAUUAAUGGCAAAAUAAUUUUAAUUCUAUAGCUAAAAAUGAUAAUUUUACAAAACCUCGAAAUGGUGCCAGAAUCAAAAAUUAUUCAAUUAGGACUUUAUAACGAUAAUUUUUUUUAAAAACAAAAUAAAAUCCCCUAAUUGGAGCAGAAUUAUUUUGAUGCAAUUUUAAUGGGAAGGGAAGUAAGAGAGUUAAACCACCCUAACGUUGUCCAGUAUUAUCAGACAGAGCUUUCUAACGAAAUGACUUCUAUUGACGUCAUGCUUGAAUACGUGCCUGGAGGCUCUUUAAAAAAAAUUUUGCAAAAAUACGAUUUUCUUGAAGAAGAAGUCAUAAAAAACUAUGGAAAACAGCUUGUAAGAGGACUUGCCUAUUUGCACGAAAACGGGAUUAUUCAUAGAGAUUUAAAGUCUGCCAAUGUAUUGGUGACGACAAGUGGAAUUGUUAAACUGACUGAUUUUGGGUCAUCUAAAAAAUUUUUAGAAAAUGAAGGGAAAUUGUCUCGAUCUUUGAAAGGAAGCCCGUAUUGGAUGGCUCCAGAGGUGGUGUUAAGAGAAGGCCAUACUUAUUCAGCUGAUAUCUGGUCUCUAGGAUGUGUUUUAAUAGAAAUGUCAUCUGGCCAGCCACCUUGGUCAAAUUAUUCAAAGGACGCAAAGGAGGUACUAAAGCUGAUUUCAACCCCAGAUAACUACCCUAUAAUACCUAAGUGCUCAAGGACAUUAAAAAGUUUGAUACAUAUGUGCUUACAGAGAGACCAGUUCUUGAGACCCACAGCUCAACAAGUACUUGAGCACGAGUUUUUUGUUGAAAAUUCAAAUGAAGACUGCUCGUUGACUUCUACGAGACCUCUUUAA